AUGAGACUCAUUGUAUAGCAAUAUUAUGGUUUUGGCUAGAAGAAAACAUUUAAGAUAGAAAUCAAUGAUGAUGAGACCUCAGAUUAACUGAUUACUGUAAUCUCAUCCAAAGUGGGACGUUCAGCAUAGGAUUUAGUAAUAAAGUGCAAAAGAGAUUAAUAUUCUGUAAAAAUUGCAUAAUAUUUUAGAUAAAAAUAAUAGAGGGUUGGCCUAUAGAAUUUUAUGAAUUGCAAGAUAACCAGAAUAUUUUUGUUGAAAUCAGGGAAAAUGAGUUGGAUACAAAAUAAAAAGAAUAGAAGAGACAGACCGAAAAAUACCUGAAUAAGUUAUUCAUAAACUAAAGAGAAAAACCUUAAAAAUUAUCAGCAGUAUCAGAAACAAGUGAAAAUUCAGAUGACGAAGCCAAUUCAACUUCUAAGUAGAAAUCAUCAAAUACCAAUGUGGAACCAAUAUAAUCUGAUUUAGAUGAUAAAAUAUUUCAAACAGUAAAAAGUGGAAAUUUGGAUAUGUUAAAAUAACUUUGUUAAAAAAUAAACACUUCGUAAUUAAAUCAAGCAUCAUUUGGUGGAUGGAAUCCAAUUCAUUUUGCAACUUUUUUAGAGUAUAAAUUAAUUGUAGAAUUUUUAAUUUCUAAAGAGAUUGACAUAAACAAAGUUACAGAUGAAGGAUGGACUCCAUUAUAGAUAGCAGUGCAUCGUCAUAAUCUUGAGAUUGUGAAGGUAAUAUUGAAUCAUCCUUAAGUUGAUGUGAAUUUGAUAACAGACAAGGGAAUUGCAAUAAGUUUGGCAUGCAAAUCGAAUCAAUUAAAAAUAAUCGAACUCUUAAUUUAAAGAAAUGCUGAUCUAAAAUUAUAAGAUAAAACAGAGAGGACAGCCUAUGAUUAUUGCAAUCAGGCCACCAAGAUGGCCAUUGAAUAAAUGAAGAAAAGUAAUCAAAUGAAAGAUCAAUUAAAAAAUGCGGAUGAUUUUAUUCCUCCUCGACCACCCGUUGCCAAAGGAUUCAUAUAUAAAACAGGUUAAAUGUUGGUCACCUUAAAUGAGAGAUUUUUUGUAUUAAAUCCAGAUGAGGGAACUUUCAUAAGAUUUAAGAACAUAUCAGAUUACCCUCUAAAACCAUUGUAACUAUAAUGAAAUUAAUAGUUUUCAGAGAAAUCAUUCCUCUUAGAAGUGUUAGGAGUGUGCAAAUGACUCAGAAAGGUUUAAUUUCGAAAUCAGGAUAUCACUAUUUUGAAUUGUUAUAUUCUACUAGAAUUUUGUUGGCUUGUAAACAUGAUCACAUAGCAAAGAAAUGGGUGGAAUAUAUCUACAAAGCAACAGUUUAUCACCAAUAUAUAGAGGAAAAGAUAAAAGAGUAAUAUUAAUUAUAAUUAUCAAAGUGGAACCCUGGAUCCAAAUUUAAUAGAUAAGAAUACUGAGGUUUUCAUUGAAGACUCUAAUUCUAAGGCUCCUUCUUCAGACCCUCCUCCAAAACAGUUAUCGCCAGAACAAUCUAUCUCCUUACCUAGAGAUGAGGCAUCUAUUAUUCCAACCCGCUUAUCAAAUCCAGAACCUAGUAACAGAUAUAGCCAAAGUCCUCCUAGAAAUACAGAAAUUGAAUAACCAAAGGCAAUGUCUUAAUCUUUACCAUAACCAUCAAUUAUGGAGAGUUAAAAUGAAUUACUUAAAGAUAGCAAGGUGACUUUUGAUUCAUUUGAGGUCAUCAAAGAGUUGGGAUCAGGAGCAUUUGGAAAGGUGUUUUUAGUUAAACAUAAGGCAGAUGGUGGUUAAUUUGCUAUGAAAGCACUUAAGAAAAAGACAUUAAUCUUAAAAAAGUAAAUCAAGUAUGCUAUUACUGAAGCCAAUGUGUUAAAGAUGUGUCAGCAUCCAUUUAUUCUAAAAUUACAUUUUGCAUUCUAAGUAUUAUUUUAUUUGUAAUUUAUCAAAUCAGACUCCAAAUUAUUUGUACUUGGUUUUAGAUUAUUGCAAAGGAGGUGACCUAUCUUAUCAUAUAGCCAAUUAAGGGAAAUUCACAGAAGAAGCCACUAGAUUCUAUGCUGCAGAAAUCCUCUUAGCUAUUGAAUAUCUUCAUACUAAAGAUAUCAUCUACAGAGACAUGAAACCAGAAAACAUAUUAUUGGACAAUAAAGGACAUGUCAAAUUAGCCGAUUUUGGAUUAUCAAAAGAAGGAGUUACUGAUCAAGAUAAAGCAAAGAGUUUCUGUGGAUCUCCUGCCUACUUAUCACCAGACAUACUAAGUCAAAAAGGUGCAGGUAAACCUAGUGAUAUCUAUGGAAUUGGAUGUGUGAUGUAUGAAAUGAUGACUGGAGAAUCUCCAUAUUAUAAUGAUGAUAUACAACAGAUGUACAAAAACAUACAAAGUGGAACCUUGAAAUGGCCAAAGAAAAUGUCAAUCGAAGCCAAAAACUUACUCACUGUAAUAAAAUAUCUAAUGUUAGAAAAUGUUAGAGAGAGACCCAAAUAAGAGAAUAGGAACGAAAUCAAAGGAUGAAAUCAAGCAGGAUCCAUUUUUCAAAGGAAUCGACUGGGAUAAAGUAUAUGAAAAAAAAUAUUAACCUCCAAUCACAGACUUCUCUGAAAUGCAUGAAGAUGACGAUCAAUAAGAUUUUGAAGGAGAUGAAUUAGGUUAUUAUGGAAAAGUUAAUAAUAUUAUUUAUCAUUUUAGGCUAUCUUUUAGGAUUAGGAUUACGAAUAAGAAAACAAUAAGACAAAUAGAGUCAAAAACUUUAGUUUUGCCACUAAUUCAUCAUGA